GAGUGGGGCGGAGCCGGGCAGGGGGCGGAUUCCGAGGCGGCAGCAACUCCCCGGACGCCGCACGCAGGCCUCAGAGCCCCCCAGCUUCCGUGCCCCCUCGGUCCUGAAACUUGGAGCAGAGUUGGGGUCCAGCAUGAAGCCCCCGGAUCGCCCGGCCCCUGGCCGCACUGACCGGAUACUGGGUGUCAUGGGGGGCAUGCUGCGCGCAUGCGCCCUGCCCGGGCAGGAGGGGCCUCCGAAGAGGAGCCCCCUAGGCCUGGGGGGCGCAGAGCCCGAGUCUGACUGUGCCGCGGGGGACCGGAGAGCGGACCCCGGAGCCGACGCUCCCGCUUGGGGUCCGCCGCCCGAGUCCUAUUCCGCUGCUGGCAGUGAGGGGAGCAUCUCGGCUUCUGCUGCCUCGGGUCUGGCGGCCCCCUCGGGGCCUAGCUCUGGCCUCAGCUCGGGCCCCUGUUCCCCGGGCCCCCCAGGGCCAGCCAGCGGCCUGCGAAGAUGGCUGGAGCAUUCCAAACAUUGUCUGAGUGUGGAAACUGACGCAGAGGGUGGUCACGCCGGACCCUGCGAGGACUGGAUGCUGGAACCCACCCUGGCCGCGGGAGAGGAGCUGCCAGAGCUGACCCUGCUGACCACGCUGUUGGAGGGCCCCGGAGACAAGACACAGCCCCCCGACGAGGAGACGUCCCCCCAAGCCCCCGAGAGUGAGGAGAGCGAGGAGGAGCAGAAGAAGAAGGCUCUGGAGAGGAGUAUGGGCUCUGCGCCCCGCCGUCCCUCACGCGGGCGCCUGCGCCGCCAGGAGCGCCGGCUGCAUAUGUACGUGGUGUACUGCCAGAAUAAGCCCAAGUCCGAGCACGUGGUGUCGGAGUUCGGGGACAGCUACUUCGAGGAGCUGCGGCAGCAGCUGGGGCAUCGUCUGCAGCUCAGCGACCUGCUCAUCAAGCCGGUGCAGAGGAUCAUGAAGUACCAGCUGCUGCUCAAGGAUUUUCUCAAGUACUACAGCAGAGCCGGGAUGGACACUGAGGCGCUGGAGCGAGCCGUGGAGGUCAUGUGCUUCGUGCCCAAGGACACCUUCUGGGUCUCGGAGCCGGAGGCCGGGGGGCUGCUCUCCUCGCGCGGCCGAGAGAGGCGCGUCUUCCUCUUUGAGCAAAUUGUCAUCUUCAGUGAGGCCCUGGGCGGAGGGGCGCGAGGGGGGACGCAGCCGGGAUACGCCUACAAGAACAGCAUCAAGGUGAGCUGCCUGGGACUGGAGGGGAACCUCCAAGGUGACCCCUGCCGCUUUGCACUGACCUCCAGAGGGCCGGAGGGCGGGAUCCAGCGCUACGUCCUGCAGACCGCGGACCCGGCCGUCAGUCAGGCCUGGAUCGGGCAGGUGGCCCAGAUGCUGGAGAGCCAGCGGGACUUCCUCAACGCGCUGCAGUCGCCCAUCGAGUACCAGAGACGGGAGAGCCAGACCAGCAGCCUGGGGCGGCCGGGAGCGGCUGGGGGGGGGAGCCCCGGAAGAACGCGGCCGGGGGAGCGGGGCCCUGUCGGCACGCACACGCCCCUCAACGGCUCUCUCCCCUCCUUGCUGCUGUCAUCCAGAGGGGAGGCGACCAGGGCCCCAGGGCCCCUGGGGACGCAGGAUCUAGGGGACGCCCCCCCGACUUCUCGUGCGUCUCCUCCGGUUCCACCGAUUCCAAACAGCCCCCCCUGCCAGGCCAGACUCGCCAAGCUGGAUGAAGAUGAGCUGUAACUGGUGAAGGCCAUGGGGAGCGCGGACGCCACCCCGUCCCCAAGGAGCGUCGGGCAGUCCUCCGGCGCCCGCGCUCCGGGAGGUCCCAGGGACUUCUCUCUGCCCCAGGAACCGGCGCCCCGUCAGCUCCCACCGCGUGCAUGCAUCAUCCGUCCCCCCAAAAGGAAGAUACGUGGGUGGGUGGGAGGCUGGGGCGAGGGCCCGAUAGAAAUCGUUGGUUUUGGUUUUUCUGUUUUCUGAGAAUAAAGGUUUUGUU